GGCCUCGAGAUGCAAUCGCCGUCGGAGGCGAGGCACCGACGAGCAGAACUCGCCCUGGCCACUGUCUGCACGGCAUUCCAGCGAUGCCGCGCGACCGUGGCCAUCAACCCCGACGCCAAGAAGGUCGUGGCAGACAUGGUCGGGCGCGAUGGGGCGUGGCUGACUGCGAAGACGUUGUCAGAGCAUGCGCGUCGAAUUGGUGUUCCAGACGGGACCCUUGCAUGCAAAGCCGAGCUCACUGCAGCCGCGGCGUGGAUCGCGUACGUAUACAGCAUGAGAGAUCAGAUCCGCAAGAUCGCGGACGAUACCAUUCGAGCCGAUGGAAUAUUGCACACACUGUACACGUUCAUUCGCUUCGAUGAGACACCCUUGAGGCUCACAGUUGUUGACAAGAAUGUGUUUUUCGGCCUCCCGCAAGAUGUGAUCGAUGAGGUUGCGGGUUUCUUCUCCGAGAGGCACGAGGCUCGCGACGCUGGAGUCGCGAAGCUUCUUCAAAUCGAGGUAGAG